CCAGGCGGUGGGGCUGCGAGCCUUCCUCCAGCAACUUCCCAGUAACUGCGGGAUCCGAUGCAGCCACCUCCCCAGAACCAGGCCUUCCCUGUUCUGCCUUCCAGGAGGAGGCCCGGGAGUAGCCCUCGGGAGGGCAGUCUCCCGCACGUCCCGAAGUCCCUCUGGCCACCCGGCGUCGAUCCAGGCGGAGGCCGGGAGGGGGCCGCCCUCCCCGCGAGGCUGCAGACUCAGGCAUUUCCUCUCGGCUGCCCGGCGCGGCCUUCCCCCUUCGAAAGAAGAAAAUCCCGGGGCCCGAGUAACCCGGCCGAUCGUCCCGGUGCGCAGCGGCUGCCGAACUAGAAGGGCCGCCCAGGGUAGGGUAGGAGUCCGGAGCAGAAGUUAACCGAGGGCAGCGCGGCGGGGACUGAGCAGGGCAGGGAUAGGGUGCGGCCAGGGGCUGGAGUGUGCAGCGCGGGCGGCGCCUGGAAGGGGAACUUGAGCUGGGAGAGGCAGAGCAGCGGGGCUGCUGGCCCCGGCGCUGCGAGCGGGGAGCCGCCUCUAAGGCCAAGGACACGGGGGCUGCGGAGCCGCCGGGGCGCUGCGCGCAUGCUGGGCAGGGGACAUCACCUGGGCUCGCGCCCUGGGCCUCCCGGGCUCCCGGCAUGUCCGUGCGGUACACACUUAACCUGAAGGUCUUCUGGCCGGUGGUAACUGGGCUAUGCACAGCGCUGGUGUGCCUCUACCAUGCCCUGCGCAGCAGUGAGGGCGCCAGGGCCGAGCCCCCCGACGGCGCAGACAGUGGCUUCCCGCUGCUCAAGGUGGCCAUCCUUCUUCUCCUCGGCUACAUCCUCCUACGAUGUCGCCACACCAUCCGCCAGCGCCUCUUGCCAGGCUCUUCCCGCCCGUGUGGCCACACCAACUUCUCAGCCAGACCCUUGCAAGAGCCAGGCCUGAGCAUCUUGCUGGAGAGUUACUAUGAGCACGAGGUGCGCCUGUCGCCGCAUGUGCUAGGUCACAGCAAGGCGCACGUGAGCCGGAUCGUGGGUGAACUGGUGCAGGCUGGCCGGGCUCGAGGGUCUCCAGGUCUCAUCACCGGAGGAUCGCUGGCCUUGGCCUUCCGGGGAGAUUUCAUCCAGGUGGGCAGUGCCUAUGAGCAGCAUAAAAUCCGCAGGCCAGACAGCUUCGACGUGCUGGUGCCACUGCGCCUCCCGCCGCAGGUGGCGCUGGAGCCGCGGAGCCUGGGGACCGAGCCCACGCUGGCCCCCGCCUUCCGUAGCUGCUUCGUGUGUGCCCUUAAGGCACCACCCUCGCCAUCGGGGACCACGACUGGCCAGUGGCAUCGUGACUGCAAGCCCUUCGCUGAAGGGUUCUGUGUGGAUGUGCAAGGCCGUCGCCACCUCUCGGCUACCCUGGUCCUGCGCUGGUUCCAGGCGCACCUACAGCGCUCCUUGGCCACCGUGCGCUACAGCCUGGAGGGUCGCUGUCGGGUCAGCCUGACUCCAGGUGGUCUGGAGCAGCCUCCCACCCUCCAUAUCCUUCCUUGCCGCACGGACUACGGCUGCUGUCGCCUUUCCAUGGCUGUGCGCCUCAUUCCCGCUGUCCAUCUGGGCGAUGGCGUCUUCCUUGUGGCACCGCCGCCACCACCCUCGCCAAGUGGGGCUCUAUCAGAGCUCCCGGGUGGCCUGCGCCCUGAGGCACUGUGGGGUGUGAAUACAGCACGCCAGGAGCAGAAACUGUUGGGCUGGCUUCAGGAACGGGCGCCUCCAGGUGCCUGCUACCUCAAGUGCCUGCAGCUGCUUAAGGCUCUUCGAGACCUGGGUGCUCGCGGGCUGGACCCUUCGGCUGCUACCCACUGGGGACGCAUCCUGUCUUCCUAUGUGCUCAAAACGGUGCUGCUGGCGGUGUUUCUGAACGAGGGUGGCCCAACGCACAGCUGGGACGAGGCACACCUGAGUGAGUGCUUGGAGAAGCUGGUGAAGUUCCUUAGGGACUGCCUGCUGCGCCGACGAGACCUCUUCCACUGUGUCCUGGGCCCAGGUGGGGCGGCCGCUGAGGUGGGCCCCCUGCCCAAGGUGCUGCGCGAGGCGGCUCCCGUUGACCUCCUGGCACCUUUCGACCUGCAAGCCCGGGAGCUCGCAGCAGCACGGUUGCUGUCCACCUGGCGAAGGUUGCCCCAGCUUCUCCGAGCAUACGGUGGUCCCCGAUACCUUGCCAGGUGCCUCCCACCCCGAAGUCAACGCAUCCAGGGCUUCCCCGAAGAUGAACCAUGAACCAUGAUUACACUCCACCUGACCAAAUGCCCCUUUCUCACAGGAUGGGAGUGAGGGUGGCAGUUAAACUCGAGAUAAGCUGUAGAAAGUGUCGGGAAAUUUGGAGGACAUCAGAGGCUUCGGUGGCAUAAAUGUUCUGUCCUGAGAUAGCUGUGGCAUCUUCUGCAAGCCCGUUAGAGUGUCCUGGGUGGUCUUAUACACACAGAUCUUUCUGCCUCCAAAUUAUUAGAAGCAAUCAUGUUUGACAUACCUAUUUGUUAGUAGGUUCUCAACUAUUUUUGGAGGGCUGUUGUGUGUUUCAAUUAUGGGACUGGAACCCUGGGCCUUGCAUUUGCUCGAUAGGUACUCCACAACAGAGCUACACAUCGUGGGCCCCUAGUUUUGUUUUUAAAGGGGAAGAAAAAAAAUCCUUAUCCGCAACUGGAAUUGGCAUUCUAGUCCAGCUGUUAGUAUUCCAGAGUCAUAAUUUAGCCAUUCCCAAGAGCAUUCAUGUAUUUUUAAUAGUGCAAUCACAAGUUUGUUGAGCAAGACUUAAUGGAAUUGUCAUAAAUCAAAUGACCUGUGCUGAGAGGUGGUCGGGAGCUGGUUAGAGACUUUCAGAGCAAGCAGCACUUUAUGUCCAUGCAUCCUUUUGUUCAGUGGUGGUUGGAACCAGCAGCUAUUCAAAGGAGGCUCCACACAGUUAUUCCAGCUGCCAUUCAACAGUCUCCAGGUCACAGGUGGGGAUUUGUAUUCAGCUCCUGUUCAUUUGAGCCAGGCAGAAUGCAAAGGAAACAAGAUCCUCAAUUAAGACAGGUCUGGCAAAAGUGUGAAAUACAAGUCUUGAAAAAGAGCCUGCCUAAGGCUCCCUGUCAGCAGGACACAACCUGCCUUUGUUUCAGUGCUUCUGAGCAAUGGUAUUGCAGGUCUGUUUUAGAGUUUAGGGACCUAUGAGGAGAAAAUGCUUGGCAUGCUGCCUGGGAAGGGUUAGGCUUCAGUGAUGUCUUGUGUAGGGGUAGUAGUUGGAAGGUUCUUGAUUGCCCAGACAACCUUACCUAGUCUUGAAGGCCAGCUCUUGCUUGCAGUAUGUGCUUGGAGACCUGUCACUUCUUACCAGUGGGCAGAAGAGUGAGCCACUGGAGCUGAAGGAGGAAUGAGAGAGCUGGCCCUAUAGUGUUCUGCUCUGCUGGGCCAUGAGCUUCUCCAGGCUGGGUGCCUCCCUCUUGUAGUUGGGAAGAGCCUCUCAUACUCUGGGCUUCCUGACAGCUACAGCUCCAAAUGGCAGUUCAAGUUUAGAAUGUCCCACCUUGCUGUCUCCUAGUGCAAAUUGUGGUCAGUCUCAGCAAUAUACUUAGGGAUUUUCUUUUUAAAUAGCAAAGAUCUGCUCCCUUAGACUCCUUAAAGUGAAGGAUUUUGUCUAAAAAUAGUCACAUGAAUAAGGCCAUUGUUUAAUUUCUUAGCUAUCUGGAGGGAACUCUGCAAACCCCCUUUCUUUAGGACACCCGGUUGGCAACUGACAGUAAUAUAUUGUAGGAAACUUCUCAUUAGAGCUGUGCUUGCUUCUUGUGUCCUUUGCAACUGGACUGAAGCAGAAGCAGUUGUCUCAUUGAGUUGUUUGGGGAGCCAUUUCUCUUGAUACCCCAAGGUCAUUCCCAAGGUCAUUCCUAAGAUCACUCCUACUUUUUUGAGGCCAACAUUUGGUCAUAAGGUACGGCAUUGGAUGUAGGCAUCAUUAUGUCAGCCUCUUGCAAGGAUAGAAACUGCACAAUGGGUUUUGUUUUAAUUAUUUUAAAAAGUCAAUGCCAAGGGAAGUGUGUGUGUGUGUGUGUGUGUGUGUGUGGAUGUGUGUGUGUGUAUGUGUGUGUGGUAUGCGUAUGCAUGUUGUGUGUAUCUGUUUGUGUGUAUAUACUAUGCACAUGAUUUCCAUACACAGCCUUUUAAUUCCUCUGUAGUCAUUAAGUAAGAAUAGGGGCAAUGAGGCAAUUUUCCAAUUAUUAGAUUCCUUUUUUAAAAAUUCUUGAUAUUUUAAAGUAUAAAUCUGGUUAUUGUCAUAAAUAUGAAUAGCUUGUAUAAGUAUCUUGUAGGGUUUUUUUCCGUUAUUUUUAUUUUUUCUAGUUUAUUAACCAAAGCUUCAUCCAUCCUCAAAGUUUUUAAAUUUUAUUAUUAUUAUUAUUAUUAUUAUUAAAUUAAUGGGCAUUGUGUUUGUGAAUUUAAAAAAAAAUGUUUUAUUUAAAUGCCAUGAUGAACAGUUGUUCUCAAUAUGUGGCAACCAAAACUUAAUAGAUUUCGAUCAAUUUUGAUCAAUGUUUAGUGAUCUGAAACAUGUACUGUGUACAGAUGCAAUGAUACAGCUGUUAUGGUGGCUGCCCAAGGCCUUUAAAUUCAGCUUAGUUCUGCAUUUCAUUACAGCUACUGUCUCAGCCUCUAAUUGAUGUGUAUACAUUUUUGGUGUGUAUAUUUGGUACUGGAGAGUCAUAUAUACCAAUAUUCUCAUAUAGGACGCUCUACCAAAAAAAAAAAAAAAAAAAAAAAAAAAAAAACCCAUAAAGAGUUGUUUAACCAGUGCCCAAAGAGACUGUUUUGAGGCCGAUGACUCAGCCCUCAGCAGCCAACAAUUCAGUGACUCCUACUACCCAGCUCCGAGCCUUCCUGGAAUGUUCGUGGGCUGGGAGAAUGUGUGUUUUGCAAAAUGAAGUUGGAGUGGAAAGAGAGGAAAGUUUGAGUGGAUGCAAAUAGUAUCUGAGGAUUUGGGGAAGGGGCACUUAAGAUGGAUGUGAAAGGAAGAGAUGGGAGGAGGGAGACAGGAGAAGAUCCCGGGAGGGGAGGGUGGGAGAGUUUUGGGUGAGGAGAUGUGUUUUUAGGUAUGUGUUUUUUCUAGCCAGGAGUCACAAACUCAGUAUUAAAGGCAGGGAACUAAA